AUGUCAGCAGUCACUCCGUCUAGGGCGAUUUCUUCGGGGGCUCUCUGCUUUGCAUCGCUACCUUCUUCUCGCAGCCUCCGCUCGCUCUUCUCUUGCCGGGGCACGGAGGAGCGAGGUGCCGAGGCAGGGGAGGGGAGAUGUCCUGGACGCCACCUGGCCCCAGCCCCUGACUGGGAGCGUCGGCGCGCGCCGGGGGCCCGCGGAGCCGAGCGCGGGGGAGGUGGCCGGAGCUACGGGAGGGAGCGCACCGCCCCGCCAGCCCCGGGUCCCAGCCUCGCAGCCUCAGUGACAGAAGCGCGGCGGCCGGCUCGGGAGGAGGCGGCACCGCGGGCUGGACCGCUUCUGGGCAGCCGCCUGCCCGAGAGCAGCCAGGGCGACGGCGAGCGAGGGACGGGGGCACACCCGGAGAGCGCGGCGCCCGCCCCAGAGACCCCUUCGCCGGCUGCCGCCGCCUCCGCUCUCAAGCUUCUCGCGGCCGCUGAGCCAGUGGGCGGAGGGGUGCUUGUGCCCGGGCACCGGGCGGCCGCCGCUCCCUCAUGGCGGGGCCAGGGGGCAGGGGAGCAGCAUCUCGGAGGAUGAAGGGCUCGCUGGGCGCCAGACGGGACAAGCUGCCGGGGACUCCCAAGCCGCCUCAGCCCCGGCACGAUUUUCCAUGUGUACCAGAUGGGGAGAGUGAGACUGAGCUAGUACCUGAUGAUACUGAAGAAAAGCAAGAAAGGGAGAAGAAACACACCAAUUUCACUUUGUGCAAUGUAUGUAAUAUUCAGCUGAAUUCAGCUGCACAAGCACAAAUCCACUACAAUGGCAAAUCACAUCAGAAGAGAUUAAAACAACUCAGCAAUGGAAAUAAUAAAACUGAUAAUGAUGAAAUGUUUAUAUAUUCAUCAGCUCCUACAGGUCACAGAGAAGAGUAAAGAUCACUUGUUUUAUUGGUGCUAAUAUAUGAGAAGAAAAAAUUAAUAUUAUCCAAAUUGAUAGUUACGUCUAUAAUACCUUAUCCCAACUUUCAAACACAACUACAAUAUAUGUGUACUUAUUCAGUAUUUAACCAAAUACAUUCACCAAAGGAAAAUGCAAAGAUAAUGUUAGACAGAUUAAUGCCAUCAUCUUCAUGGUUGAGUACCUUGGAAGGAAUAAAAAAAGCUUACCAUAAAUAUAAAGGGUUAUUCAUCAGAGGAUUUUCUAUUUAAAUUAACAACAUGUUAAUGACAUGAUUUGUUUAUUAGAUUAGCAAAAACAGUUUUUUAAUAUUACCUUUUAUGCUAAGGAUUUAUUCUUGAACUUGUACUGACAACCUGCUCUCAAUUAUGCAAGCCAUAUAUUUAUUGUUUCAAAGCCAUUUUCUGUUGCCUAGACAUAAAUAAUAAUAAAAUAUUCAAGCUAAGCAAUUUUUUCUUUUGUGCAAUGAGUUUUCAUUUUUAUUAACUGUCUAAAGUUGACUCAGGAGAUGAUUAAUGACAUUAUCUAUGCACUGUGUCUAGAAAGUAUGAGUAUGGCUAGCUUCCCUGGUUAUUCAUAUUGCCUAGGAUAGUACAAGGCUCAAAAAAUGGAAAUCUAAUUUUGACAAGCUUUGGAAAAAUAAUAUCCUUUGUUCUAUAUGUCCCAAGUUUUAGUGAAAAGAUCAAUUAGCUGGCAAGCACUCAUUAAGGGAAUAUUUUGUGCCAAAUCCUGUGAUAAACACUGGGAAUAGAAAUACAAAUAAAAAACAAAGUCCCUACUUUCAAGGAACUUAUGUUCUAAUAAGGAAAGACAAAACAUAAAAAGAAACUGAAAAACAGAGAGGGAAGGAAGUAUUCCCAGAGGAUAAUGGCAAAGUCCAGAAAAUGAAAUUCAGUUGUUCUGCAUUCUUUCUUAAAACUGAAAUUCUAGAAAGAAUUUACCAAAUGAAGAAGAGACCAGGAGUGAUAGAAGAUAGAGCAAUUAAAGUGUGGUGCUGAAUUCUAUAGAAUAAAGGCUGUUUGUUCGGAAGUUUUAGAAAGGAAAAUGUAAUUUUACAAAGUUUUGAAAAAAAAUUUUUUUACAUAAUGUUAGAGUUUUGGUGGGAACUUACUCUUCCAGUAGUAUUCAGAGUCUGUUAAGUCAUUCUAAGUUGGGAGACUUAUGAAUUUGAUAGAACCAAUCAGUGAUUACUGAUAUCUGUUGUCUGAAAACCAGCCUAAAUUUAAAGAUAAUUAUUACCUAAUUAGUCAUAAGAUGAUGUUUUUUCAUAUUGGUAUAGUUCUUUGAACAUAAUUGCUAAAUAAAUGUUAUUUUCAUUCUUUUCAUUAAUU